AUGGAUCGCAAGGGGAAGCAGCCGGCGGCGAAGGCGUCGGAGGCAGCGGCGAGAGGCAACGGUGAGUCCACUGCUACCAGAUCGAAGCCGACCGGCCGUGGGGUGCGCCCUAAUGCCUGGUCGAAGCCGGGGCCGUGGAUCACCCACUGGCCCUCGGCCGAGGAGGUGGACCGCCUGAGCCGCCGCUUCCCAGAGGUGCUGCGGCCGCCGGAAGAGCCGAUAGAGGCGGCCCGGCAGGUGUGGGAAGGGCGGGCGGCAAUUGUCAGGAGUUUUGGCCGCCGGAUUCCGGCGGAAUGGGUGGCCAAGGAUGUGGCCACCCGUGCGAAGCUUGAAGGAGUGGUGGCUGUCCCGUUAGCGGACGAUUACAUCGCUCUGCGAUUCUGGUCGACGGAGGACCGAGAUCGGGUUCUCAGGGGAGGGCCAUGGGUGGUGGCGGGGCAACUGCUCGCCAUGAGCCCGUGGGUGCCGGACUUUGAGCCGGGGGAUGGCACGGUGAACCGAGCGUUGGUGUGGCUCCGGCUGCCGCGACUACCGCCGGAGUACUGGUCGACGACGACCAUCCUCCACAUCGCGGCUCGCGCCGGCCAGCCGGUGGCGGUGGACGAAGUUACCGAGCAGCAGGUGGCGAUGGGGUUCGCCCGGGUCAAAGUGGCGAUUGAUCCCACUGAACCGCUGCGGCCGGGCGUGUUAAUACAGGGGAAGACGAAGGUGCGGUGGCAGCCCUUCGUCUUCGAGAAUGUCCCUGUUCUCUGCCUUAGCUGCGGGCGGAUGGGGCACACGGAGGCGACAUGCCGUUUCCGGACAACAGCGGGUGCUCACAGGGAGGUGCAUCCGGCGGCAACGGAGGCGGGGGACAACCCGGAUCUGCCGACUUUCGGAGGUGGGGUGGACGUCCAGGGGCCAGUCUACGGCCCCUGGAUGGUGGCGACACGGCGGAAGAUCCCUCGGGGGGACCUGCCACCGCGGCCGAACGAACCUCCCGGGCCCGAUCAUGGGGCUGGGUCGUCUGCGGGUCGGCCGGGGAGUCCUGUGGUGGCGUCUUCAUCGCCUGCAACGGCCUCUCCGGCAGACACGGCCGGCUGGCAGAAGCCGGCUAAGGUCGCUCGGCGUCGAUCGCCGGCGGCAGCGGAGGGGGAAGGGCUCCAGCUAGCCCCUCCUCUCGGCCCGUUUCAGGUGGACCUGGCCGAGGACGACCUGCUCGGGGACGAUGAGUCCGAGCCAGCCGAGCCGGACCGACGCGGGGGGACCACGGGCAUGCGAGCUGACCUGGGGCCGAGUCAGGUUCCUCUGAUGCAGGCUGAGACCGGGUCUGGUGGGCCAGCUGUGGCCCGGGCCCAAGUUCAGAAGAGGCCCAGGCCAUAG